CUUCUAUCAGGAGGUGCGAAGCGCACCUGACGACGAACGUAAACAAAGUUUCAUCGGGUGUAAAAUAGAGCCAUAAUGCCAGGCCAAAAGACGCGGGGAGAUGAGCCCUCAAUGUAUCUGCAGAGACCCUCAACAGGGAAGUCACAAGACGUACGCCACAUUCUCGUAAAAACCUUUCGAGAGCUCUUCACAAGAGAUGCCAUUGGGCCGGAAACUGUGAAAAAUCUAAAAGUUUCGAAAGGAGGUGAUGAUCCAUACCAUGAGCGAUAUGUAGAUGCUCUGCAAAAGGUAUUUGAAGAGCGACAGCGUCGUAUGGCAGAAGCUGCCAUGUUGGAACGCCACAUCAUGCAGGCCCAGGCCAGGGCAAUGUCAGCAGAUGAGCGAGAGUUGAACCGGGUCGCAGAUUCUUGUGAUACUUAUCAUGACCUCGGACUGCCCCCAGGCCCAAUCGGAGAAGUUCGCUCCCAUUUCCAAACCUGCCUCGACAGUCAAUUGCUUGAAAAGCAUCACCUGCUCACUCCAGCGGACUAUGCCACUGAAGAACCACCCCCGAUGCCACCACCUGCAGCUGAGAAGAUCCCCAGUUAUGCGCGGGACACCCUGACAUCACGUCAGCACACUAGGGAUGACUUAUUUCUGCCCCCUGCCUCCCCACCACCCUCCCUUGCUAGGAGCCAAUCAGAUAUUGGCAGUCUGAUGUCAGAGGAACCAAUCAUAACACAGCGGGAGAGAGAGGAAGCUUAUCUGGCACAGUUUCCUCGUAAUGAUGCGUGGAAACAGCAGAUGUCCGAAGAUAAGAGAGAGCAGGAAAGGGUCAGCCUAAAAAACCUGAAUGCGAUGACAAACUACCAGCGUAACCCACGGCAUGUGCCACCCUCUGCUCUGCCAGGAAAGAGUUCCCUUAUCAAAGCUAGCAAGGUCAAGGCCAAGGAGGUUGGGAUAAAGCAGAAGGAGGAUCCUACACCAGAGCCGAAGGAGCCUUCCCAAGUUUUUCUGGUUUCUCCACCUGCUGUGGUCUUCUCCGACUACAAAGUGGGACAAGUGUAUGAGUUGACCUUGACCUUAAAGAAUGUGUCCUCCUGUAUACGCCAGUGUAGAGCCCUCCCUGCCUCAACUACAUAUUUCUCCAUCGGACUCGGUCAGUUUCCUGGGGACCAUGGUCUAGUAGCUCCAGGAAUGAGUUGUCACUAUGCCAUCAGAUUUAACCCCGACUCCCUGCGAGACUUUGAUGACGAGAUCAAGAUUCAGACGCAGUCCAGAGAACCAAUCACUGUGCCUCUGUUGGGAAGGAGGCCGCCACCUAAACUCUCUAUCCCCCGUGUGCUGGACAUUGGCUACUGCCUGGUUGGUGGUUGUCAGGUUACCCAAUAUGUUGUCAAGAACAACGGUGGACAUGGGCGGUUUUGCAUCGUGCCCAGUUCUGCAUGGCCUACCACUAAUUUCAAGUCUGUGGUACGGAAUGGACAUGUACCAAUCCCACCGUUCAGUAUUCGUCCAUCUGUCUUGGAGUUGGGGCCCGAUCAAAGCGGUCUCAUUGAGAUAGCUUUUCAGCCUCCGGCUGUGAAGAGUUACUCUGUUGACAUGGCAAUGAUCUGUGACAACUGUAAUGUUAAACAUUUCACACUCCAGGGUCAGGCAGAGCGGGCUGGGGUAGAACUAGUUUCUGUUGAAAGAGGUACAGCUGAGCCUGUCCCUGGGGAACUGUUUGAUGCCACGGCCCAACACCAUAUCAAGUUUGAUCAACUGAACCCCUUCACAUAUACAGACAGGACAACUGUAGUGAAGAACUUGACCAAUGUUAGCCUGCCAUUCCAAUGGAUGAUCUAUAAGCCUCAGUUCGACAGCCCAGGUGCUGGCUCAGCAGCCCGCCAUUAUGACCGGGUUCCAGAUGUGGACUCGGUGUUCAGCGUUCACCCUCCCACUGGUGUUCUGCCUCCAAAUGAGCGCAUGGACUUCAAGAUCACUUAUGCGCCUCCUGUGGUUGACAAGUUCCACAGUGUUUUACACAUGUUGUUGAACAUGGUUCCCUCUUCAAUGGAUCAGGGUGCCAGUACCAAGGGGAUCAAUGCGUUAACAUCAGGGGAAGGAAACGAGGACAAUAAAGAUAACGAGGAGGAUAUUUCAGAGAUUAUCAUGCCACAGGGGGACAUGCCUCCGUUCACUGAUGUGACAGCCCUGGAGAUUGAAGUGAAAGGAGAGAGUUCACCACUUAGUGUGGUGCUACACCCAUACUCCAUACACGUGCCCGGGAAAAACCUGGUCGGCGUUACUGUCAAGAAAAUGGUCACUAUGGCCAACCACAGUCACUCAACUGUCACCUUCCAGUGGGAACCAUAUACUGACUCCUACAUCCUGGAGGUAGAACCUCCUUUUGGAGAGCUAGACCCUGGUAUGGCUAUGGACAUGGAGUUGUCCAUCACAGGACCUCAGCCAGGCCAGAUUGACCACACCCUGUACUGUCAUGUGAUGAAUCUGGAAGAACCACUGCAUCUUCAAGUCCAGGCAGAGUUUAAGGGCCCUGAAAUAGCCGUGGAUGAACCUGACCUGAACUUUGGCCUCGUGCAGCUGGGCACCAUGGUUACCAAGGAGAUCACUAUCAAUAACUUGUCCCAGAUUAUAACCCCAUGGACAAUCCAGGACAGCCCUGCGACACCGCCACAUACGGAGGAAGGGGAGGAUGACGUUUCUGUAGAUUCUGAACAUUUAAGUGAGUUCACAUUUGAGCCUGAUGGAGGUGAGUUAAAGCCCCUGGAGAGUCGGAAGGUGAAGGUAACCUUUAACCCCCACCUGGCAAGGUCGGUCCGCAGGAUCGUAGAGGUCAUCGUGGAGGAUGGAAGCAACUGCAACCUUGCCUGCUUUGCGGAGGUGCAGGUCACUCAAGUGUGUCUGAUAGAAAGUGAGAUCUACAUGCCGAGGGUCUACAAGGGCGUACCUGUAAUGUCCAUCGCAUUAUUGUUCAACCAGACUCUUCUCCCCGCUGUAUUUGAAUGGGGACAGGUGACUGGGGAAGACUGUAAUGACUGCAGAGUGGAGCUGGAGCCCAAGAUGGGAACACUGGAUGGCCGAGAGACGAAACAGAUCAUUGUACACUUUACUGCCUUAAAAGAAGGAGAGUUCAGUGAUCUAAGGAUCCCCUGUAAGAUUGAAGGAAUGGACACGCCCCUUAUACUGUCCCUGAGCUGUGAUGUGAAAGGACUGUCUGUGAAGUAUGCCGUCUCCACUGAUAGGGACACAAAACUCUCUCAAGAUGAACUGAAACUAGACUUUGGCAAGGAAGUGGCCUUGAACUCCUCUCCAAAGCUGUACCUACACCUUACAAACAACACCGCCAUCACUGCCCCAUAUUCCAUCAGCCUGGAGAACUUCUUCUCCAAGCCUCCCACUCCACCAGAAGAGAGGAAAGGUGAAUUGGGAAGGAAUUUGAGCACACGAAGGGUUAUGCUGGGAAAGACACCGAACUUGGCAGAUCCACUCAGCAAAACAGCCACAAAGGCUCAGGCUGACCUAAAUGCCGCAAUGCUGUGCCAGGGAAAUGGAACCUCAUUUGUGCCGACCCCAAAUUCUGGCAUGCUGAUGCCAUUCGGAGAGGAAAUCGUAGAAUUUACAGUGUACGCCGACAUGUGGGGAGAAUACAUGGACAAUGUGGUCUGCAGGGUCGGAGAAAUACCAGAAGUUAAGAUUCCUGUAUCAAUGACUGUUGUGGGUUGCCCGCUAGCCUUCCAAAUGACCUCGGGCGUGCCAGACCUCAAACCUAUGGUUAGGUUUGGAACCCAUGUGGCUGGAACUGCCCCCACAACCCGGGCUAUGAGGGUUAAAAACAACAGUCCAUAUGAUAUCCGUGUUGAUUGGGAGGUAUUUAAUGUGGACCCUGCAGACAGCAAACUAAUGGACAUGGUCGUAUCUUAUGGGCGGCCUUUUCCACUGAAGGACUCAGCAGGAAAUGAGAUUGUCCCUCCUACAGAAGCUGCAUUUAGGCUACAAAAGAUCGUUCCAAUUAAGAGAGUAAGGCGAAGAUUUGUUCCCCUGCCUGUCAUACGUGAGCCCACAGACUAUAUCCCAAACUCGGCCGACACAUCCCAGCAGACGUCAAGGGAGGUAACUGAGCUUGUUGACGACCAUGAGAUGGAGUUGUGUGUCCCUGCCCCUACUCUUGAGGCCCGACGGCCCAAGGUGGUGUCAGUGUUCUGUCAGAAACAUGACGGUCAGCCUGCGAUUGGACCAUACAGCAUAAGUCCUGCACAGUUGGUUAUAAAAGCCAAGAGUCAUGCUACAGUCCACGUCACCUUCACCCCGCGACCUACUGAAGAUGUAAACUCUGACCUUGAAUGCCCAGGUUAUAUCCUUGGCUACUCCAGCCUGGAUGACCCUGAGGUCAAAGGUCAAGAGGGCAAGGUCACAAGGUCACAGGCUUAUGAGGCUGCCAAGAUACGCCUGGACAUGACUGCUCAUCUUAAACCAGCACUGCUGUCAAUAGAGUGUGCAGAGGAAGAGGGAAUGAGGUAUAGAUCAGCCAUGUCCUGUCUGCUGAAUGAUAUUGGACAGGUGUCAGCUGAAAGUCUACAGAUCAGCAGUGUGAUGCUGUCCAACUUAACCUUGACCCCGCUGACUUUCCGUCUCGUUACCAAGCAACCAUUCUGGUUGGUUGAGUUGGACCCUUCCAGUAAUAGGGAAGGCAGGACGCGUACACAUGAGACUGACAUGCACACCCUAAAACCUCGUCAUAACCUGAUUGUGAAGGUAGCAUUCCAGACCACUCAAGACUUGCUGGGACUCAUUUCUGAUGAGUAUCUGAACAAUGUGGAGAUUGGACAAGCUGGGAGGAAAGUGGAGGUUACAGACAACCUGGUUGUUGAAUUUAACAACCGAGCUACACAGUUGGUUCCACUGCACGCCACUCUGACUGUGCCACAGUUUGAACUCACAAAAGAAUCCCUGGACUUCGGGACAUGCCUGGUCGGACAGACGCGUGAACUGCAACUGAUGAUUACAAAUACAACGACCUCUCACACUUACUUCUCUGUCUCUCAAGAGAGUCGCUCGGACAAUUGUGCAGACAACACAUUCUGCGUUGAGCCAACAUCGGGUCUGCUUGAAGCUCACAUUACCCACGUCAGCAAUAGCAAGAUGCUGCUUAAAGUCUUCUUUACCGCCAAACAUGCGGAGGACUUUGAUGCAGUGUUUACGUUCCACGGAAUUCUCGGAGAAAGCCCACGUCGACUGCACGUGAAAGGGGAGGGCUCGUAUGACGCGAAGCAUGAGGCUGUACUCAACAUUUAACUUGUGCUUAACAUUCACACUGAACUGUGAUAUACUUCCAAUAUUUAUUGGGCUAGUUUUACAUUUUGAUUGAAGCAUUAAUGCAAUGAAGGUGUGUUAAAAAUUUAUGUUUAUUUAACAUUAAAAAACAACAAAAGUAAAAUGCUCUUUUGUAAGGAAGUUAAACGAAUCUUAAAAUGAAAGUGGAAUUUCAUCCUGAUAUAAAAAACACUUCUGUGAUAAUUUUAUUGAAUUUAUAAAUAUGCUGAAUAGGAAAGCAUGUGCUUGUGAUUAUGUGUGUGAAUAAUUUUUGACGCUUGUAUUCUAACUAUAUCUUUAGGUGACUUUAAGGUUUAAGUUAAACAAGUUAAAAAAAUCAGAAUUUUAUUGUUGUUCGAGAAUAUUUUAGCCUCGUUUCACUGUUUGGGUUUUUAAUGUUUGGAUUGUAAAUCUGCAAAAAAAUAUUUAAUUGGAGCAUUGUUAUGAAACAAAUUGUUAUUUUUCUUUCAAUAUUUCAUUUUCUAGAUAUUCCUAAAUUCAAUGAAGUAUUGUAUAAAUUUGCUGUGAUAUUAUAGAUAAAAUUUUCUGUGCAAAAUAACGCAAGUGAUACCUUAUUUGCUACUAGAAUAUUUAUCUUAGUAAUCUAUUUUAUUGUUGUUUUUGAGUUUUCGUGCCUGUUACCAACGGACACUCAAUUAAAUUUAAUAUCAAUGUUUGGAAGUUAAAGUAAUAAAUUA